CUUUGAUUCUGCUCACGAAAGUUUGAUUGUUUCUUAUCAAGUACCGUAGUGUUUACAAGUAGUAUUUCUUAAGGAAAAUGGAUUCGAAUGGAAAUGAAAAACAUUCGUCAGAAAAUAGUAACGUCACUGAGGUGACCGAUAAGGCAGAUUCGUCACACACAUUCCACCAGGUGUUCCUUGUGGAGGACAAUGACUGGGCGUCCGGAGAACAUGGAGGAGACGUGAGUGACCCUUUGAAUGUGGAGACACAGGAGGACAGUGAUGUAAUUUCAGUGCACAGUGAAGUUAAUGUUAAAAUAGAAGAAACAGACACCGAAACCUCACCGCCUGUUAAUGGAACGAGGGAAAGCAGUUUUAAGGAGACGGAGAAUCACAUCCAGGUGGAAGACGAUGAAACAUUCCCGUUGUUGUACCCGAAGAUUGAAGGAAUCAAGACGGAGGCGGAAGAUGAGCAGCCGUCUCAGCUCUCGAGGUUUGAAGAGAUGCAGGAUGCGAGUGAUUCAGCUUCUUCAAGAACCUGGUCUUUGGAGCCAAAACAUAGAGGAGAAAGGGUCCCCCUGGCAGGACAUUCUGAAGCACUGGAGAGAGAAGGGGAGCAUGGUUUUGCUGCCUGCGAUAUCAAGACAGAGACUUGUGAACAGAGUGAUAAUUUACAGUGGAGAAAUAAUCACACUUUUAGCAAUAUUUCAUUAAGUUAUUGUAUUCCACAGGACCCUGAAAAUGGAAUUCCCCAGUUUUCCUGCAGUUCUUGCUCAGAGACUUUUCACACUAGGUAUGAGCUAACCAAUCAUGUCUUCAGUCAUAUUCCAGAUGCACAAGUGCCAUCACAAAUAUGUAAAACUUGUGGUGAAGUUUCACCUGGACCGGAGCAUCAGCACGAUGUAUCACAAGGCCAGAAGCAAAGAACCAGUCAAAGACAACAUAAUGGUAGCCAGUUUCUAGAUAAGUACGCAUGUAACGACUGUCCAAAGAUAUUCCGGUACAGAGGUUCCCUGAGGCGGCACAUAAGGAUUCAUCACGGGAACUUAGACAGAGGUUCCGCAGUUAAGGCUCACAAGAGUACACUGAGGAUUAGUUGUGCAGAAUGUAACAAGAUGUUCAGAACGAAAACUGAACUGAGAGUCCACAUUCGGUCACACACUGGCGAACGUCCAUAUUCCUGUGGCGUUUGCGGCAAGUCAUUCAGCCAUAGUAGCAAUUUAAAAAUACACAACCGUCUUCAUACAGGUGAAAGGCCCUACAGUUGUAUUGCAUGCGGAAAAUUUUUCAAGUCAGUUGGUGAGCUAAAAUCCCAUUCACUGGUUCAUGUAGUUACACGUCUAUUUAGUUGUGCAGAGUGUGGGAAAUCAUACAAAACUGGUCGUGAUUUGAAGGUUCACUCACGUGUUCACACAGAUGAACGGCCUUACACCUGCAUUCAUUGUGGAAAGUCGUUUACGGGAAAUAGUCAACUAAAGAUUCAUUCCAGAAUCCACACUGGUGAGCGACCAUACAGCUGCAGCAUAUGUGGAAAGGCGUUUAAAUCUAAUGCGGAGCUAAAAUCUCACCAUCGCGUGCACUCAGAGGAAAGACCAUACAGUUGUGCCGAAUGUGGGAAGUCUUAUAAGACGAGUAUGGAUUUAAAGUAUCAUUUUCGCAUCCACAGUGAGGAAAGGCCAUAUUGCUGUGAGCAGUGUGGAAAGUCAUUUAAAGCAAAUUUUGAACUCAAGUCGCAUUUCCGUGUUCACACAGGAGAACGGGCACACGUUUGUGCUGAGUGUGGUAAGUCUUUCAAGACACGACACGAGCUGAAAUCCCACUCUCGUGUACACACUGGUGAACGCCCGUAUACUUGUGGUCAAUGUGGCAAAUCUUUUACUCAGAUUGGCAAUCUUAAAAUACACAAUCGGGUACACACUGGUGAACGACCAUAUAAGUGUCCAGAAUGCGGUAAGCUGUUUAAAACAGGCAGUGAACUGAAAUGUCACCUACGAGUGCACACUGGUGAACGGCCUUACUCCUGUUCUGAAUGUCAGAAGGCAUUCAAAACAAAUGGAGAGUUGAAGGUUCACUUCCGUACUCAUACAGGGGAACGACCAUAUAGUUGCAACGAGUGCGGAAAGUCCUUUAAGACUAGCAGCGAAUUAAAGUCUCAUUCACGUGUUCAUACAGGUGCCCGGCCCUAUACUUGUCCUGUUUGUAGGAAAUCGUACAAAUCAAGUUAUGAAUUAAAGUCACAUUUACGAAUACACUCAGAUGAACGCCCAUAUAGCUGCAUUCAAUGUGGAAAAUCGUUCAAAGGGAGUGGUGAACUGAAGUCUCAUUCACGGAUUCACUGUGGCAAACGCCCUUACAGCUGUAUUCUUUGCAGGAAGUCAUUCAAAACUAAUAGAGAACUAACAUUUCACUUUAGGGUUCACACUGGUGAACGGCCAUAUCACUGCAAUGUGUGUGGGAAGUCCUUUACUCAGAGAAGCAACUUGAAAGUGCACUUCCGCAUACACACGGGAGAGUGUCCUUACAAGUGUCCCGAGUGUGACAAGUCAUUUAAAUCGACUACAGAGCUUAAAGUUCAUUCUCUUGUCCAUACUACCGAGCGACCAUUCAAAUGUACUGCAUGUGAGAAAGCCUUCAAGUCGAAAUCUGAGCUAAAAGUCCAUUUCCGUGUACACUCUGGUGAGCGACCAUAUAAAUGUACUGAGUGUGAGAAAGCUUUUAAGACGAGUGGUGAAUUAAAAUCACAUUCGUAUGUGCACACAGGGAUACGACCAUACAGUUGUAUUAGUUGCGGGAAAUCAUUCAGCUCAUCGAGUAACCUUAAAGUUCAUAUUCGUGUUCAUUCUGGUGAACGACCAUACAAAUGCAGUGAAUGUGAGAAGUCUUUCAAGUCUAAGGUUGAACUUAACAUACAUUUUCGCAUUCACUCUGGUGAAAGGCCAUAUAAAUGUACUGAAUGUGAGAAAUCCUUCAAGUCUAACAGUGAGCUUAAAUCCCAUUUCCAAAUGCAUACUGGUGAACGUCCGUACAGUUGUAAUGAUUGUGGAAAGUCAUUUGGUUGUUCAAGUAAUCUGAAAGUUCACAUCCGUGUCCACACAGGAGAGCGUCCGUAUGCUUGUAGUGACUGUACGAAAACAUUCAAGACAAAUGGAGAAUUGAAGAUUCAUUCUCGGAUUCACUCUGGUGAACGCCCGUAUACAUGUCUGGUAUGUGGGAAAUCAUUUAAAGCAAGUAGUGAGCUCAGAUCUCAUGCACGGACACACAUAGCUAAACGUUAUCAUAGUUGCCCUGCUUGCAGGAAGUCAUUUAAAACAAGUCGGGAACUUAAGUUCCAUUAUCGUGUCCAUACGGGUGAACGUCCUUAUUGGUGUGCCAUAUGUGGUAAGUCCUUUAGCCAGAGUGGUAACCUCAAGAUUCAUUUUCGCAUACACACAGGCGAACUACCAUUUAGCUGCUCUGAGUGUGGAAAAUCAUACAAAUCAAAUACAGAGUUGAAGAUACAUGUGCGCAUUCACACGGGAGAACGUCCAUACAAAUGUAGUAAUUGUGAAAAAACAUUCAAAUCGAAUAGUGAACUAAGGUCUCACUGCCGCAUCCAUUUAGGCAAACGACCAUAUAGGUGUGCUGUUUGUGGAAAAUCGUUUCAGAAGAGUCGCACUCUGAAGAUCCAUUCUCGUUCACACUUAGGUGUAUGCUCGUAUGUGUGUCGAAUAUGUGGAAAAUCAUUCAACUAUCAAAGUAACCUAAGACUUCAUCUCCGUAGGCAUAUUGGUGGUCAAGUACAUAUCUGUGAGGAAUGUGGUGAGUCAUUUGAGACAGUUGGCGAACUCAAGACUCACUCUGACAUACAUGCAGGUGAGUGGCCAUAUUCUUGUACUACGUGUGGGAAGGAAUCAAAAUCCAGGGACGAACUGCAAGUUCAUAUAUGUUUAAAAACUGACGAAUGAACUGUUGGGUGGUUGUUUGUAAUAAUUCUCUCAAUAAAAUGUUCAUAGGCAUUUUAGCACUUGCAGAUGAUUUGUUGGAUACUGUUUUAUAUGCUUUUUGUAAUGAUUAAUAAGUAACUUAGUAUAACAACAUAGGGUUGUGUACACUAAAAACUACUGUAUGUUGAAAACAUUGUUAAUUAACAUUUUAAGUGUCAGUAUCGACAGAUUUCCACAUUAGAGCAGUGAAACUCACUGUUCCUAUUUAUGUGCUGGUAGUGUUUGCAUUGUACUGGUUUUACAGCACUGGAACACAUUAAAGUUCCGCAUACUAGAUGUAGAGUUGAAGACUCCAAAUAUAGGUUUCACAUCCAAAUGUUGGAAGGUAAUAGUAGUAAAUUUGGUUGUAAUGUGAUACAGCUACAUUGCGUUGCUAGAAGAAACAAAAUGCUUGCCAUGGAUGAACUGUCCUUCUGCAUAUCCUUGCUUAAGAGCUGACUGGUUUUAUCUUAUGUGAAAAAUGUUUUAUGUGCAUUAAGGAAACAGCUGCAUCAACUUUGUGGGUUUUCUUUAUGGCAUGUACAUAUUUCACUGAAUUUUAGUCUGUGAAAGACUACUUUGUGCAACAGUUUAAAUAAUGAUUGCAAGAAGCUCAGUCAUACGUAUGAUUAGCAAUAUCAUCAAAGCCUAGUAUGUACAAAAGCUAUUGAGUAUUGAAAAUCACAUUGUCAUUGUUGGAUGCGUCUUCAUUCAUUGUGAUGGAACUCCUUUGGUAUUGUAUGUGCUAUAGCAUUUUUUUUUUUUUUUUUUUUUGCCUAAAAGCCAUGUACGUGUUAAUUUUAACUGUUGCAAUGCCUAUGCAAGUACUCAAAAGAUUUCAUUUCACUUCAGAAUGCACAGCUUUACAAUUUAAAUUACAUGAGAGUUGCUCAGAAAACCAUUAUUUUUAAAUACAUAUUUUCAAUAAAAAUAACUUUGCCUGAAUUGAUUGAUUGUUGUAAACAAGCAUUGAUCACAACAGACAUUUGGGACAGUACUUGCUGACAAGGGCUGAAAAUGCAUUACUAAAUUUUUUAAUAGCAAGACUUUAAUGCUAAUCAUUUUCAUCUUUUGAAUUGUCUAUUAAGUUGAAAUAAAUUAUCUGUGAGCCUAAAUUUUUUACUGUCAGCAACCACAGCCUUAAGUAAAUUCAGUGAACGACAGAACAAUUUCCACUUGGACUGUUUGGACUGUUCAGUUCACUUGUGGUCAACUCAUAUCCACUUUCAUUGACAAGCACACCUGUAACAUGACAAGAUAUAGUUGUAUAUCUUGGCUGUUGCUGUGAUGGUGUACGUCCACUUGUGAGUAAUUGAUGAGUGAAGCAGGUUAAAGACGUUAUUCCAGUUAAACUGCUUGAGUGGAAACAGUUUUUUUAAUUGUAUUUGUCACAAUCUUACUGAAAUUUUUUUCUUUCAAUUUUAAUUGUAUUUGUUGAAAACAUAUUGAGAGUUUGUUUAUUUGUUUUCAAUAUUUGAAACCUGUCUCAGUAGACUUUACAGUGUUCUCACCAGUCUUGACUAUUCACAUUUUGAACAAUGAGAAAAGCAUUUAAUUUUUAUUCAGAAUUCGCAACAUUCAUUUUUUUGUAAGAUAAGCAUGUAUAAAAGCAUGGAGACUACAAGUUUCUUUUACGGGGCACGGAACAUUUGUCAUACCUGGAAAAUUCGAGUUUAAGAUUUCGAGAUAAUGUUUGCAUUUAAUAGUCCACAUUUGUACAGCAGGGUACAGUACUGGCUAGAAGUAAGUUUUAAGUACCUUGUAGGUACACAGCUCUUUGCAGCACAGUUCCUAUAAAGGAAUUUUGUUUUCAACUAGGAAAGUUCAUGUCUUCAAUUCAUGACAUUGAAGAUCGUGUACUGAUAGAUCAUCUGAAAAUGAAACACAUUAUGGGUAACUUUUAGCAGACUAAGGGCAUAUACGCUUUCAGCUGGGGUUUGUGUAGUUUGAAAAAUAUUCUGUGUAGACAAUAAGUCUUUUAUAGAUACAAGAUGAGUGUAACAGUUGUAGUCAGUGUCCAUAUUUACACAAUAGAAGUAGGAUAAUUGCAGUGUGGUACUGACAGUGGAAAACUCAAAUAAAAUGUCAUUAUUUCCCAAGUCAACUUAACUGAGCAGCUCUCAUGUGUUCUGGAUGAUGUCGUGUAACAGCAGCAUUUUCAUGAGUCAUGCAGACUGUGUGAAAUAAUCCCUUUAGACAUGUAUCUCCAUUCUGUAACAGAUUAACGGCUAUGAACGCCAUGUCAUGUAUUUGUGAUCAAUGCUAAUAAUGAUAUUUAAGAAUGAAAGGUCUAAUUUUCGUUAUCCA